ACUAAAUACAAAUAUAUGAAUGCAGAUAUUUUAUGCCAUAAUUCAACUAAUACAUAGUCUUAUUUAUUUAUUUAUUAAUAUAAGUAUAAAGUAGCUUAUACUACCACUGUUUUAUGUAAACAGUGUUACAGUUUAUUUAUAAUGUCUGCAAGCAAUUCGAAAGAUGUAAUAAUAUUGGAUGAUGAAAACCAAGCUACUGAAGAAAGUGAAAUUGCUGCAAUUGAUUAUGAGCUAAAACAAAUUGACAGUGAGAUACAGAAACUUGAAGAUCGUAAGAAGGUCUUAGUUCAACGUAAGGAAAAAUUAAGGGAUGAUGCACUUUUGAAGAAGAGUUUAUAUGUAUCAAAGAAAGAUUGGGGUAAAGAAGAUUUUAGUUGGUCCAAGGACCUGAGGAAUGCUCUGAAAGAUGUUUUCAAAAUUAAGAAAUUAAGAGACUUACAGCUGCCAACUAUGAAUGCAAUUAUGUCUAAUGAAGAUGUUAUUCUAAUUAUGCCUACUGGUGGUGGUAAAAGUUUAUGUUAUCAGUUACCUGCUGUUAUUAGCAAAGGUAUAACAAUAGUAGUCUCACCUUUAGUAGCACUAAUGGAGGAUCAAUUACAUGGGUUGCACAAAAAUAAUGUAAAAGCUAUGAUGUUAAGUGCAAAAGGAAACAAAGAAGAUGUGAAAAUUAUAAUGAAUGCCCUUGUAGACAAGAAAUCUGAUCUUAAACUAAUAUACGUUACACCAGAGUAUAUGGCAAAAUCGAACCGUUUCAUGAGCAAAUUACAAAAAGCCUUUGAAAUGAAACGGUUAGAUCGCUUUGCGAUUGACGAAGUUCAUUGUUGUAGUCAAUGGGGUCACGAUUUUAGACCUGAUUACAAGUUCCUAGGAAUUCUGAAAUCCAUGUUCCCUGGUGUACCAAUUUUAGGAUUAACUGCAACUGCUCCAGCAAAGAUUAUUGUGGAUGUUCAAAAAAUGCUUGAUAUUCAAGGUUGUUUAGUCUUAAGAGCCACUUUCAAUAGACCAAAUUUGUUUUACGAAGUUCGUCGUAAACCAGCAGAUAAAAGCACGUGUCUAGCAAUGAUAGAAAAUUUAUUAAAAACUAGGUUCAAAGAUAAAUCUGGAAUAAUCUAUACAACUACUAUCAAGGAUGCAGAACAACUAACAACUGAUUUAAGAUCGUUAGAUCUAAAAGUUGGAUGUUAUCAUGCAAUGUUAGAGCCUCAGUAUAGGUCAGAAGUAUAUUCUAAAUGGAUAUCUGGAAAUUACCAAGCUGUAGUUGCCACUAUUGCUUUUGGAUUGGGUAUCGACAAGCCCGAUGUAAGAUUUGUCAUUCAUCAUUGUAUUUCAAAAUCAAUGGAAAAUUUUUAUCAAGAGAGUGGACGAGCGGGUAGAGAUGGAAGGAAAUCAGCAUGUAUAGUAUUGUACAGAUUACCAGAUGUGUUCAAAUUAAGCACAAUGGUAUUUCAGGAUAAAGUUGGCCUUCAAAAUUUGUACAAGAUGUUAGCAUAUUGUUUAGAUCUAACAUCGUGUAGACGUAGUUUAAUCGCAACUCACUUUGAAGAAACUUGGACUGAAAGUGAUUGUGCAGAGAUGUGUGAUCAUUGUAGAAAACGUAAGGAAAAGAAAGAAGUAAAUAUAGCUCCAUAUUGUAGACAGUUGUAUGAAAUAAUGACCAAAGCAGUACAAAGUGAAACAAGAUUGACUGCCCUAAAACUUACAGAUGCUUGGUAUGGUAAGGGGGCGACGACGUUAAGGGUACAUUCUAUACCAGUACCAAAAUUUACAAGAGAAUCUGGAGAGGCUAUAGUAGGGCAUUUACUAGUGAACGGAUAUUUGCAGGAAGACUUUCAUUUCUCUGCAUAUUCUACAAUAUCAUAUUUAAAACGUGGACCCAAAGCAGUAUUAGUACUUGAUAAGGAUCAUAAGAUACCAUUUAAUUAUGAAUUACACUAAUAUAUGUUAUUACAUUACAGUCUGUGAUAUAGCAAUACUUUUCAUAAUUAUGAUUAUAAUAAUAUAAGUGUAUAAUAUCAAAUGGUAUUAUAUGUACAAUAAACCAUGACUUAGGAUUUAUACCAAAGAAUCUGUUAGCUCCCAUGAAGAAGUCCAUUCUCAAAAAUCAAUAAAUAUUUUUAUACAUAAA